AUGGUAAGUCGGUUGAACCCCCACGCCGAUUCUUCGUACUUUGCGGCCGGUGCGUCCAAGGAGCAGGUCUAUGAUCAGGUAUUGGAACAGGCGACUGGGUUAGUGACUGGUCAACGGAAUUGGGUGAGAACACCUCGGCAUAGAACCUCCAUCAAACUCGACGAGGGAAAAGAGACUAAUACGGAUAGCAACCUCGCCAAUGUAUCCUCACUCCUAUGGCACGCCUACGCAUCUCUCCCCAAACCAUCCUCAGCCGUGAAUUGGGCCGGCUUCUACGUUCGCGAUGACCUCUUCCCUCUCCUCGCCUCCCCCAAGAGAUCAAACAGUAUCUCCGGCUUAACAACAACCACCAUCUCCACCAGCUACGCCUCGCAUCACGACAAGAAGUUACUCCUUGGUCCCUUCCAGGGUAAACCGGCCUGUCAGGAGAUCCGGUUCGGACGCGGAGUAUGCGGAACAGCUGCACAGAAGAAGGAGACUGUGGUGGUGCCGGAUGUGUUGGAGUUUCCCGGUCAUAUUGCUUGUGAUGCGGAUAGUAGGAGUGAGAUUGUGGUUCCUAUAUUAUUUGAAGGCGAGACUGUUGCCAUUAUCGAUAUCGAUUGCACCGAGCCCGCGGGAUUCGACGAGGUGGACAAGAAGUAUCUGGAGCAACUGGCUCAACUGUUAGCAGAUACCCCGCUUUACAGCCUUGUCACAGAUCCGUCACAGUACCAGAUUUACAAGGUCAAUACAGCCCCGUUACACAGCCCCGUUACAGCCCAACUUAAAAAAGGCCAAUCCGCCUCUUCCCUUCCCUCUUCUUCUCUCCUCCAAACCAUCAAAGGACCCCCAAAAAACAACCACAUUGACAGCGCUCAGCGCAGGACGAUAAGCAGUUCUCUCUCUACCUCCACAAUCUCAUCUUUAUGGUCAGCGGAUCCACCGGAAUCCCCUGUCCCACCAUGGAGUGCACAUUCUACUACCAGCCUCAGCAAGGAGAUCUACUCUUCAGACCAUCAAGACCACAGUGUACUCCUGCAGCAGCAGCAUAGCGGGCGCCAUCAACAGGAACCACAACAGCAGCAGCAGCAGCAGCAGGCGGCGUUAUUUGAUUUCUCUUUGUUUGAGCAUGAUUCCCUGAACAGUUCUUUGCAAGGAGCCUGUGCUGCACCGGAUUCAACGCUAGAUCAAUUUACUGGCGCUUUGGAUUUGGACCUUCUCAUAGACCCGACCUCUGCUGAGUCUCAAUUGUCUUUUGAUUUCCUGCUCGACUUUGGCAGUGACCAGGGUCAUCCCUUUGAUAUUACGACUACUAGUUUGGCUAUACCUAGUAAACCUGCCACUAGUAUCCAGGCUACCCCUAGUAUCACUAUUGUGGAAGAUUUAUCAUCUGCCUGUUCCCCCGCCAACAUGCCUGAUGGAGGAAGUAUUCUCGCUCCUUCAGUUGACCUUGUCAAUAUGAAUAUGGAGCACUUCUACCCUUCCAAUACGACUUCUGUCUCUCCUAACAUGGCAUCGAUACCUUCAAGAGGCUGUCCACCUCUUGUAACCCAAUUUCAAAAACAACAACAGCCUCUUCUUGCUCCCAAACAACACACUCCUCCAUCUUCAUCAGUCUCCCCUGCUCUCAGCCACAUCCACUCAAUCGAUCUAGAUAUUAGCAACAGCAACACGAUGCAAGCACCAAAAAGCAAGAAGCGUUCUCGCGCCGAAUCAACCGGUCUUGAUCUAUCAAGCAACAACAGCGCCCAAGACUCAGAGGAAGAGCGCAUUGUCGAAAAGCGUCGUCGCAAUACGAUGGCUGCUCGACGAUUCCGUCAACGGAAGCAAAACCAUGUCUCUGAGUUGGAGUCGCAGUUGAGUAAAGUUACUAAGGAAAGGGAUGAUUUGAGAUUACAGGUUGCAAAGUGGGAAGGUGAAGUUAUGGCUUUGAGGAAGUUGUUGGAGAUGAAGAAGUAA